UUUGGUCCUCGAGAGCUUUCCAUUUCCAUAUAAGAGAGGCAUGUUUUCGUUGCCGAAGAGUUUCAGAGUCAGAGAGAGAGAGAGAGAGAGAGAGAGAGAGAGAGUAGAGAUUUUGAGAGAAACGGAAACGCAGCGUUUUGAUAGCAGAAGACAGAAAUGGGGAACAGGAGGUUCGCUCAGAUCUCGACGAGCGAUGAAGACGAAGAAAUACCGCAACAACGGCAACAAUCUUCGGAGGAAAACCAGUUGAAGCAGCAGAAGAAGAGGAAGCAAAUGAAGCUUCCGAAAGAAGAAGAAGAGGAGGCGGAAGAGGAAGAGGAAGAGGAGGACGAGGAGGAGGAAGACGAGGAGGAAAGCAAGAGAAAGAGGAGGAAAAACAACAAGAAGAAGAAGAAGGGAGAGAAAGAGAAGAAACAAGACGAAGAGGAGGAAGAACCUGUGCUAGAGCCCAUUGGAGAACCCAUUAGAGUUUCUGGCAAGGGAAGGGGUCGCAAGAGCCAUUACGAGGCCUUUGAGUACGACGGCAAUCGCUAUGAUCUUGAGGAUCCUGUACUUCUUGUUCCCGAGGCUAAGUAUCAAAAGCCUUAUGUGGCAAUUAUUAAGGAUAUUACUCGGUACAAAAGUGGGUCUAUGAUGGUCACUGGGCAGUGGUUCUACCGCCCAGAAGAGGCGGAGUUGAAAGGUGGUGGACAUUGGAAGUCACAUGACACAAGAGAGCUGUUUUAUAGUUUCCAUCGUGAUGAUGUUCCAGCAGAAUCUGUAAUGCACAAGUGUGUGGUGCAUUUUGUUCCAUUACAUAAGCAACUUCCAAAUCGUAAACAGUAUCCUGGCUUCAUUGUUCAGAGAGUGUAUGACACUGUGGAACGAAAACUUUGGAAGCUAACUGAUAAGGACUAUGAAGAUAAUAAGCAGCAUGAAAUUGACCUACUGGUUCAGAAAACAAUGAAACGUUUGGUAGAUCUACCUGACAUUGUGCCUGAAGAUAACACUGCUGAUCAGGAAGAUCAAUUAAAGGCUAAACGAAGUCUCAGGAAAAAGAACAUCACUCCACUUGAUGUUUCUAGGGAGGAAGACUCGACAACCAGGACUGAUCAACAUCUAAAAUCUGAGACACCAGGAAGUUGCCCAAGUACUGUCUCAGAAUAUUCUACCAUUCUAACAAAUUUUAAUGUACUUACUGGAGAUAACUUUCGUGACAAAUGGUUGGAGAAACUUCUCCAGGGGGUUCAAUAUGUAUGCAAAUCUCCUGACAAUACAAAUAAAGAUGGUAAAGGAGAGGUUGGUGAAGGCACAAACCACGGAAAUAACAGUAAGAGUUCAGAAAUUGCAAAUGGAUCUCAAGCUAAGACUCUUAAGAGUGGCAAGUCCUUUCUCUGGCCGGAUGCUGCUGUGACAGCGGUGGCUGCUUUGGAGAAGGCAUCGCAUGAGUCUCUUUCCUUGGAUUUUCAGAAGUAUAACCAAAAAAUGCGGCAGUUAGCUUUCAACCUUAAGAAUAGUGUGCUGCUAGCCCAGCGUCUCCUUGGUGGAGAGUUGGAGCCUUCAAAAAUACUGAACAUGUCACCUAUUGAGCUGAAGGAGGGUUUAACAUCUGAGGAGAUGGCGACCAAGGAACCUGAUGAGUCAGAGCGCAUGCAGAUGACGGAUGCCCGUUGCUCUAGAUGCUCAGAGUUUAAAGUUGGUGUAAGGGACAUCAUACAAGCAGGACAUGGAGACCGUUAUCAGUUGGAGUGCAUUGCAUGUGGUCAUUCAUGGUAUGCAUCUCGGGAUGAGGCGUCCACCCUAACAAUCGAUGCUCCAAGUUCAAAAAAUGUAGGCACAGCUCCAUGGGCAACUGCCAAGUUCGAAGAUGUUGAGAAGUCACUCGUUAGUCCCCGCGAGUCUUCUGCCAAGACAGCAGCCAAUGAUGUAUUGAAGAAAACAAGUGAAGCAUACAUGCCAGUAUUGGAUGCUCAGAGAUCGUUUAGCAAGACUAAAAAGGAUGAUAAUCCUGAGGCUAGUACAAAGAACACUGACCAGUAAUGCGCUUGGCCCUUUUUGAUGCCCAUUUACUGACCAAAUACUGAAUUUCUCGCUUUGUAUAGUUGUAAUCCGGCUAGGUUGUUGUGCAUAUGUAGCUGUGAGUUUUCUUUUCUCUUACUUUAGAUUUUACUAGCGACUUUGUAUACCUUGUACAGCGCGAAUCUGAUAUGUUGUGAGUUAUUGCUUUUACAUAGUUACUUGUGUACUAGAAAAAUGUUACCAUGUAGUUGUUAAAGAGAGAUGAGAUACUAUAUCUGGAAUUAGGAUCUUCGAUUGGCGGUUUCAAUUUUUAUUGCUUUUAUUGCUGUUGUUCUUGGGAAUGGAAGUGAGAUUGUGGGUUGGUUGAUC